AUAAACUGUAGCUCCCAGAGUUCUUUAGGACAUAAGUUUUUUUUUGCCGGAAGGUUCGCCCACAAUGAACUGAAUCCGAGAUUUGUUUUCACAAUUUGUGGAAUUAAAACACGUACUCAAAAAACUAACCAUGUAUAAUUCACAGGAUAUCUCGCCGAGUUAAAGCUGUUUGGUGGGCCUGAUACCAUGUUUCCAAAGAAUUUAAUGGAGGCUGCAUGAUGCUCAUUUUAGUGUACAGUAUGUGAUUUUUAAUCCUGUCAUCCUCUCCACAGAGAGCCACUGUGAUGCCUGCUCCUGAGAGGUGCAUGUCAGCUUCUGAAGUAUCCCCGUCUAGCAGCUCCACUCUGGCUUCUCCUGUCCAUGCAGCUGCCAUCAAUGGAGAUAAAGCAUCUCUCCACAAACUUAUUGCUGGUAAUCCAGCACUACGGGAUGCUAUGGACCAUUUUGGCCGGACGCCACUCAUGUAUUGUGUGCUUGCAGAUAGGCUGGACUGUGCUGAGACUCUCCUGAAGGCUGGAGCUGACGUUAACAAGGCCGACCAUAGCAGCAGGACCGCUCUGCACCUAGCAGCGCAGAAAGGAAAUUACCGGUUUAUGAAGUUGCUGUUGGUACGGAGAGCAAACUGGAUGCAGAAGGACCUCGAGGAGAUGACUCCUCUGCACCUUGCUACAAAGCACAAGAGUCCCAAAUGCUUAUCCCUGCUGCUGAAGUGCAUGGCCCCUGGAGAGGUGGACACUCAGGACAAAAACAAACAAACUGCCCUCCACUGGAGCGCCUACUUCAACAACCCUGAACAUGUCAAGUUGCUCAUCAAGCAUGACUCUAACAUUGGAAUUCCUGACAUCGAGGGCAAGAUACCACUGCAUUGGGCAGCUAACAAUAAGGACCCUAGAGCAACACAUACCGUCAAAUGUAUUCUGGAAGCAGCUCCCACAGAGUCUUUGCUUAACUGGCAGGAUUAUGAGGGUCGGACUCCUCUUCACUUCGCAGUGGCGGAUGGUAAUGAGGCUGUGGUGGAUGUCCUGACCUCCUAUGAGGGCUGCAAUGUGACAUCUUAUGACAACCUGUUUCGGACUCCACUGCACUGGGCAGCUCUUCUGGGUCAUGCCAAAAUUGUACACCUUUUGUUGGAGAGGAACAGGCCAGGCACAAUUCCCUCUGAUAGUCAGGGAGCCACUCCUCUGCAUUACGCUGCACAGAGUAACUUUUCGGAAACAGUAAAGGUGUUCCUGGAGCACCCAACUGUCAAAGAUGACCCCGACUUAGAGGGCAGAACAGCCUUCAUGUGGGCAGCAGGGAAGGGAAGCGAUGAUGUCAUCCGCGUCAUGCUCAGUUUAAAGCCAGAUUUGGACAUCAACAUGGCGGACAAGUAUGGCGGAACUGCAAUGCAUGCAGCAGCUCUGUCAGGUCACGUCAGCACAGUCCAGCUACUCCUGGAGAAUGGCGCUCAGGUCGACGCGACGGAUGUGAUGAAACACACCCCACUGUUCCGUGCAUGUGAGAUGGGCCACAAGGAGGUUAUCCAGACUUUGAUCAAAGGUGAGGCACGUGUGGACCUUGUUGACCAGGAUGGUCACUCUCCUCUACACUGGGCAGCCUUGGGAGGCAAUGCUGAUGUCUGCCAGAUAUUAAUUGAGAAUGGUAUUAACCCCAAUGUGCAGGACCUAGCAGGAAGGACACCUCUGCAGUGUGCUGCUUAUGGAGGCUACAUAAACUGUAUGGCAGUGCUUAUGGAAAAUAAAGCCGAUCCCAAUAUCCAGGACAAAGAGGGGAAGACGGCUUUGCACUGGUCUUGUAACAACGGCUAUCUCGAUGCUGUCAAGCUCCUCCUGGGAUACAAUGCUUUCCCCAAUCAGAUGGAAAACAAUGAAGAAAGGUACACCCCUCUGGACUAUGCUCUCCUCGGGGAGCACCAUGAGGUGAUCCAGUUCAUGCUGGAACAUGGAGCUCUCUCUAUUGCUGCCAUACAGGACAUUGCAGCUUUCAAGAUCCAAGCCAUAUACAAGGGCUAUAAGGUGCGCAAGGCCUUCCAGGAACGCAAGAAGCUCCUGAUGAAACAUGAGCAACUGCGCAAGGAUGCUGCAAAGAAAAAAGAAGAAAGCAAGAGAAAGGAGGCCGAUCAACAGUGUUCAAAAGUGAGGUCACAGACCCCAUUGUCUUCAGAAAACAAUAUGUCCCAAGGCCUUUCUCAAACAGGUGGUGAUAGGGGCUACAAAAGCGCAACUCUAAUCAACAGCGACAAACCUCUGAAAGCUCGGCCUCCAUCAAACAGUGGGAGACGCUCAAAAUCCCAGUGCCAACCCAAUAGCAAGAGAGUUUGCGAGUCUUUGUCUCCGGUGCACAACGAGGGCAGUCCACGAUUCCUGCGUCCACCCAACAGUGAGAGGCACAAAGAAACUCUGUGUCAACCAGGCAAUGAACAGCAUUCAAAGUCUACAGCUGGAGUGAAUGAGAGGCCUCAGAAAACCUACUCCUCGUCCAUCAGUAACCUCCAACCAAAAUUAACCUCACUGUCCCAGAGUGACAGACCUAGCAAAACACCAUGUCUCCCCAAGAAUGAGCAGAAGCUGAAAACCACAUCAUCACUAGAUGAUGAAAGCCAAGUGAAGGAGUCAUUGUUGCUUGAGGACAGGUUGAGCAUGGCAGUGAAAAGUGGGCAUGUGAGGGACAGCAACGGCAUGCUGCAUGGCUGCAGUAUGACUACAGAGGUCAAGAAAUCAUCCUUAAGCAGGCUUGAGAGAAGCCAUCCAGCUCCUGUACAGAACAAAGAAUCCAAAAGAGGCAAACAGAAGAGUGCAGAAUAUCAAGCGGUUCACAGUGACAUCUUUUGCCCCACAUCUUCCUGUUCAGCUUCAUCACGAUCCCAAAAAGUCACCAGUCAUCCCUCACUACUGCCUGAAAGAACAGGACACCAUGAGAACAUAGAUAGAAAAGGGAGAGAAACAUCUGGUCCCCCAGGAUACUACAGAAGCCCCAGAUCAUCGAGUGAACCAGGGUCACUCAGGGAGGGUGUUAAAGGCUUGAAUAUGGGGCGCCAUUCACCUGCGGGCUCCAGCAGACCAGGGAGUGCCAAAGUACCUGCCAACAUGUACUGCCGAGCCAAUGAGCCAUCAGCCUCCCGAUCCCCAGUUCCAAGGAGUCAAACCCCAGUAUUGCGUUCUGCACGUCUUGGUAACACAGUGGAAUCAGAAGAUCGGUCCUUACCCAGAGACCACAGUGCUGCUGCCCUUUUGCCUUGGCAGAACUCAAGUAUUGAACUGGUUCCUCUGGAAGUAAGGUUGCAAGUUGUGGAAAAAGAGCGGGCCCGGAAGGAGCUGUUCAGGAAGAAGAAUCAAGCAGCUGCCACCAUCCAAAGGUCAUGGAGAAGGUACUGCCUGCGUAAGCAGCUAAAUGACGUAAUUGCCAGGAGAUGCACAAGUGGGCCAGAGAUGGCACAGUGGAACAGGGACAUGAUGGCCUUUAUCCUUCAGCUACUCUGGAACCGGCAACCAGAUGUUCGUGUGCUGCUGUCCCCCUCCUCCUCCUCCAUUCACGUUAAGCUGCCCAACAGGGCACUCUCUGCUAAAACUACACGGCCUGGCAACUACUCUGCUCUCCGGACAAUUUAUGGUAGUUCUCAGGGCCGAAAAAACAAACUAACCACAAAUGGCAGUCUGAGUUCAGGAAGCCACUCUCAGCUUCUGUUGGACUUGUCAUCCUUGAGCUCUGUACCACCAUUACAGCUGUUGGAAAACCUUGGCAGAUCAAAACAGUUCUCUUAUCACAUGAGGCCCCGGACAUGCGAUAGAACCAGAAAAACAAAUCCUAAAGAGUGAAUGGAGAUUCAGAAAAAAACAGCGUGAUCUCAUCACAUUUCAUCAGUGUGAGUGUACUCAAGUGUUAGCCAUGAAUGGUGCUUCUUUCACCUGCUCCAUAUGAUGCCAAAUAUGAUACAGUUACUCCGAACUCUGCCUGUCAUGGAUUUUUUUGUUUGUUUGAGAGGGCAGACAUUUCCAGAGCAGGAAAAGAGGCAGAAACAAUUCAUUGGCCCUGUUGUAUAGGGUGACUAAAAGAAGAAGCAUUACAAAACACUCAAGGACUAUUUUAAACAGGUACAAGUAUGCAUCUUCUCUGCAUGUGCCAUACUUUCUUCCCAAAUCCAGUAUCAAGGGGCCUCUGGUUGGCUUAUUCUAUUGCUAUGCAAAUUUGAUGGGGUCAAGAGACCAGAACUAGGUGGUACACCCUCUGGUUUCAGAAAAGGAUGAUACCAGACCUGCCUUCUUCAGCUUUAAGUAUAAGUAUUCUCCAGUUCUUGUCACAUUUUUAUUUUUUAUAUAACAAAAACAUUUAAUAAUAGCUUUUAUUUUAGUGCUGUUACAGUAACUAGCUUUUUUUUGGAUAACUACAUUAGUGUAGCCAUGAAAGCCAGGAUUUUACCUCAUGCAUAAAUGCAUUUUGCAGUAUAUACUAAAAAAAAAAAUGAAAGAACCAAAUAGAGACUGGAUUGCUGAUUUUGUUUUUUGUUUAUGUAGCCCACGUAACAGGCCUGAUGCAGCACUCUUUAAACUCUCUGCUCUUUAACAGAUUGGGUCAGUUGCUGUGUACCCAAGAUAUUACCGUGCUAGCAGCAGACCGAGACUGGACUACACAGUGCGGUACUUAGAGGAGAUGAUCCUAUGGUGUAAGUGCUGCCUCAGUGGACAGCAGAACAAGAUCAGUACCACGAUUAACUAAUCCGCUGCUAGACUUGUCUUGGCUUUGCAUUUUUCCUCAGUUUGCAGAGUUGUCAGUUGACUGCCCGUUAGUGCGCCAACAAUGUGCCAUCAUGCAUUUCUCUCAAUUUAAAUGGAACAGAGCACAAGGAAAAAUUGCAUCCUCAUGUAAACUUAAUAAAAAAAAUAAUUGCAAUUGUUAAGCUAAGUUAGAUUGAAAUGAGUGCUGCUGUCAUUAUUAUAAACUUUAUUUACUUUUGAGUGUUUGAAAAGGCACUGAAAUUCCUAUAUGAAAAGUAAUGAUGACAAAAGGGUUAGUAGAAUCAUAUCUGAAACAUAAUUCUCUCUGUAACAAAUUUCCCAAUUAUUUACAUAAUACAAAAAAGUUUAUAUUUAUCAUUCAUUAUGUGCAACAAAACAUAGUCUUAGUCUUGAUCUGGUGCUAGUCUGUAGCUUUGGGGCACAUUCCAACAGCAAUAAACUCAAAAGUUAGUACGUCUUUAUGGUACCAAGACUAAGACCAGAUCAGUACAGGACCAUCGCGAGCAGAUAAUAAUAAUACUAAUAAUAAUAAUUCAUUACAUUUAUAUAGCGCUUUUCUCAGUACUCAAAGCACUAUCCACACAGGGAGGAACCGGGAAGUGAACCCACAAUCUUCCACAGUCUCCUUACUGCAAAGCAGCAGCACUACCACUGCGUCACCUGUGAGGAUGGAUAGCACAAUGCAGCUGACCCUUCAAAUUCACUUUACUUGUUCGUUCCAUCAAGAGCACACCUUCAGUGUGGCUGGUGAGCAUACUGAAGAUAAACCAGACUGGGACUGUUAGUAAGCGGUGCGCUUGCGUGUACAUUCGAUGUCACGCAGAGUUCUUACCCAGACACCCUCUCCUGUUACUCCUUAUCUCGGUAUUAUCAUAAACUGUUUAUGCUGUGGAAACAGACCCUCCCAAACUUGGUCUUGGAGAACCGCUGUGUGUUACCAGCCUCUUUAAGCAAUUAAAUGUGAGGAGUGUUGUCUACAGAUUUCCUCACUAGAAUAUACAUGCAUACAAAUUGGAUGCAGCAUUGUAUUAUUGCUUGCCUUAUACUCAUUUCAUUAUGAGAAUUAUCUGGUGACCAUUUAUUUACUAAAGUUCUUAUAAAUGGGAGCUGCUUGUUUAAUUCUAGCCAUCCUUGUGUGCCCAAUAGGGAAAAUAUAAGUAAGAAAUCUUAACAGAGAAGCUCUGGAGAACUAAUCUACCCACGUCAUAAAUUUAAACAAAAAAAUCUUGUUCUGUUUCUUAGAGCGGCCCUUCAAGGGAAAAGUCACUUUACAGCAAAUACUAUUUGAUUAUUCAUUCAAAGUAGGAGUGAAAUUACAGGUAGAAAUUGUCCCACACAUAAUGUAUCAGUCAUCAUCAGAACCAGGAGGACACCAUGACAAAGUUGUGUUCUGCAGCUGCAUUUUGAAGAGGACAAAAUAAACCUCACAAAAGGGCAGAUGAGGGGGUGAUUUACGCUAUCAAAAAGUCAUUUGUCAUAGUUGCCUUGUCUACCUUGCCUAUAAUUAUUUUUUUGUAUAUUUGAUUGUUUUGCUGCUGCUGUUCCUAGGAAUUUUUUGUAUCAUUUACAUCAGAAGUAAAACUAGCUGUC